GCAACCCCAAUCGCCGCAGUAGGAGGGCCUGAUUGCACAGGGUACAGUAGUGGUGUAGUUGUAGUAGUAACGUUAAUGGACCCAACGGUGUGUGAUUAUUGGGGGUGAAUCGUGUCAUACUUUGGUUGCACGAUUUUUAAUGCGGGGCAGCUAGUUAUCCAGUUAAGAUUUAGUAACACCUCUACGGGGGUUCAGAGUCACUCCAAAUUUUAUUCGAAUUUAGGCUGUUAGCUAGCUAUUGUAAGUCGUAUAUUUGCGAACGGCGCCUUGGAUGCCAUCGCCGAUGGACGGAUCAUCUAGCAGAGAAGGUGACCUGUAUACGGUGAAGCACGAGCUAAAAAAUGCUAACCUGACUGGCCAUGUGGAGCGGGUGGGGAUAGAGAACUUUGAGCUGCUCAAAGUGCUGGGCACUGGAGCCUACGGGAAGGUGUUCCUGGUGCGCAAGGUGAGCGGGCACGACGCGGGCAAGCUGUACGCCAUGAAGGUGCUGAAGAAGGCCACCAUCGUGCAGAAGGCCAAGACGGCCGAGCACACGCGCACCGAGCGGCAGGUCCUGGAGCACAUCCGCCAGUCGCCCUUCCUCGUCACGCUGCACUACGCCUUCCAGACGGACACGCAGCUGCACCUCAUCCUGGAUUAUGUGAACGGCGGGGAGCUCUUCACGCACCUGGUGCAGCGCGUGCGCUUCAGGGAACAGGAGGUGGCGCUCUACAGCGGCGAGAUCGUGCUGGCGCUGGAGCACCUGCACCAGCUGGGCAUCGUGUACCGCGACCUGAAGCUGGAGAACAUUCUGCUGGACUCGAACGGCCACAUCGUGCUCACGGACUUCGGCCUGAGCAAGGAGUUCCAUGAGGUGGAGAGGGCCUACUCCGUGUGCGGCACUAUCGAGUACAUGGCUCCAGAGAUCGUGGAGGGGGGAGCGGACGGACAUGACAAGGCGGUGGACUGGUGGAGUCUCGGGGUGCUGAUGUACGAGCUGAUGACCGGAGGUUCGCCCUUCACCGUGGACGGGGAUGAGAACUCCCACACCGAUAUCUCCAAGAGGAUCCUGAAAAAGGACCCGCCCUUUCCCAAGGACAUGAGCCGCCCGGCCAAAUUCCUCAUCCAGCGCCUCCUCACCAAAGACCCCAAAAAGAGGCUGGGCUCGGGCCCGUCUGGGGCGCAGAGUGUGAAGGAGCACCCCUUUUACCAGAAGAUCAACUGGGAGGACCUGGCGGCGAAGAAGGUUCCGGCGCCGUUCAAGCCGGUGAUCCGGGACGAGCUGGACGUCAGCAACUUCUCCGAGCAGUUCACCGAGAUGGACCCCGCCUACUCCCCCGCCGCCCUGCCCCAGAACUGCGACCGCAUCUUCCAGGGCUACUCCUUCAUGGCUCCCUCCAUCCUGUUCAAACGCAACGUGGUGAUGGACGACCCGUCCCAGCUGUGCGGGGGCUCGGAGCGGCCCGGCUCUGCCGCCGUGGCCCGCAGCGCCAUGAUGAAGGACUCCCCGUUCUACACGCACUAUGAGCUGGACCUGAAGGAGCCGGUGCUGGGAGAGGGCAGCUUCUCCAUCUGCAGGAGCUGCACCCACAGGAAGACGGGGCAGAAGUACGCCGUCAAGAUCGUCAGCAAGAGGAUGGAGGCGCAGACGCAGAAGGAGAUCGCCGCUCUGAAACUCUGCGACGGACACCCCAACAUCGUCCGGUGCCACGAGGUCCAUCACGACCAGCUGCACACGUACCUGGUGCUGGAGCUGCUGGGGGGCGGCGAGCUCCUGGACAGGAUCCGGCGGAAGCAGCACUUCAGCGAGACGGAGGCCAGCCGCAUCAUGAGGCGCCUGGUGUCCGCCGUCAGCCACAUGCACGACGUGGGCGUGGUCCACCGCGACCUCAAACCAGAGAAUCUGUUGUUUACAGACGAGAGCGAGGGCUCGGAGAUAAAGGUCAUCGACUUCGGCUUCGCCCGUCUGAAGCCGCCUGAUAACCAGCUGCUGAAGACGCCCUGCUUCACGCUCCACUACGCCGCCCCCGAGAUCCUCAACUACGACGGCUACGACGAGUCAUGUGACCUGUGGAGCCUGGGCGUGAUCCUGUACACCAUGCUGUCAGGGCAAGUCCCCUUCCAGUGUCAAGAGAAGAGUCUCACCCACACCAGCGCUGAGGAGAUCAUGAAGAAGAUCAAAAAGGGGGACUUUUCUUUUGAAGGAGAGGCCUGGAGGAAUGUCUCCCAGCAAGCCAAGGACCUCAUACAAGAACUCCUGACGGUGGAUCCGGAGAAGCGGAUCAAGAUGUGCGACCUGAGGUACAACGCCUGGCUUCAGGACGACAGCCAGCUGUCCUCCAACCCGCUCAUGACGCCGGACAUCCUGGGCUCCUCCGCGGCGUCCGUGCACACCUACGUCAAAGCCACCUUCAACGCCUUUAACAAGUGCAAGCGGGAGGGCUUCCGGCUGCAGACCGUGGACAAGGCCCCGCUGGCGAAGAGGCGGAAGAUGAAGAAGACCAGCACCAGCACGGAGACGAGGAGCAGCUCCAGCGAGAGCUCGCACUCCUCCUCGUCCUCCGCGCAGACCCCGCCCGGCGACGUCCCCCCGCCGCCGCCCGUCGGCACCCCCCUGGCCCUCGCCCCGAACGACAACCCGCUCCAGACCGCCGCCGCCGCUGCCGCCAAACCUGCGCUGCCCAUGUUCCACUUCACCGAGUGAGCGGGCGGGGAGGGGGCGGAGCCGGCGGGGGUGACUGACAUCAUGGCGGUGGGGUUCUCUUACACACAGACAGACAGACAGACGGACGGCCAGGCGGAGACGUUCUCCCCCCCCCCCAGGCAGCUCGGGCGUCACACACACUGGAAUUCCACACGGCAUGGGAACGCUCGCAUUCCCAAAAUCAUGCAUGCACUGACCCUGCGUCCCCUCUCUCCCAACAUCGCUAGCAAUAGGCGGGCCGACCCACCAGGUCCGCGCAUGAAACUUACCAAUCGCCGUGACAACGGAACUUCAACAAAUCCAGAUAAUUCCAUCGGGACGGGGACAGUGGAGGUGGUGAGAACCAGCCCUUUCCCAUUGGACCGUCUGAAUGGUGGAGUAGAUGGCAGUUAUUUAAAACAAAAGAAUAUUUAUAAAGUGCGUACAUUGGGUGGGAAAAUUAUAUAUUAUCACACGAUUUGUGCUUCAUGUCUUUUAACUUAUUUGUCUGUGUAGUUACUGUUGUUAAGUUACUGUUUCUGUGGUUAAUUGAGACCAUUAGACAUUUCUACUUUUUUCAGAAAUCUGCUCGAUUUUCCAUUUUUACAUACACUCACUCCAGAAUUUUUGGCAAAAAAAAGCAUUAAUGUGUAGUUUGUUUUUUUUUUGUUUUUUUUUAGAUGAAACAAUAUCGACACCUCUGCUUCGAAAACAACUGUAGCACAGAAAAGAUAUUCGUCUACAAGGGUUUUUACAUAGCUGUUCAUGUAGCAUAACUUAACAUAACUAUCUCAUACCUAAGAGUAGUUUUUCGGAUGCUUUGUCCUUCCAGGUGAAACGCACAGACCCUGCCUGGACAGUGCUGCUCCGUGAGUGGUUAAGAUCGCGGCGACCUUCCCUGCUUGGGGUCAGCCGUUCCCUUGGUUACGUAAACACUGGCGCACGCAGACGCCACAGGCACCGUUUAUUUGUCAACUGCGACACCCCGAAGGUGCUUUUUUAAGAAGUUUAAGGUCGCGAACCUUGAGGGAAAAUUGUAUUGUUUUUUGAGAGGGGCUCCUGGAUAUAUGUGACCGCCCCCCACUGUCCCACACGUCCUGUGAGGGGUGUUUUCGGUAGUUUUUAUUCGGGAACAGUCACGUCCUGUGAGGGGUGUUUUUGGUCGUUUUUAUUCAGGAGCAGUCAUGUCCUGUGAGGGGUGUUUUUGGUCGUUUUUAUUCAGGAACAGUCACGUCCUGUGAGGGGUGUUUUCGGUCGUUUUUAUUCAGGAGCAGUCAUGUCCUGUGAGGGGUGUUUUUGGUCGUUUUUAUUCAGGAGCAGUCACGUCCUGUGAGGGGUGUUUUUGGUCGUUUUUAUUCGGGAACAGUCCCAUCCUGUGAGGGGUGUUUUUGGUCGUUUUUAGCUGGGGGGCCGCAGCGCUGCGAGCCAGCUUUACUCUCCCUGAGGCUCCUGCCGGCCCUCAUACCCGCUGUCGUAUUCAUAGAUUCCGGCGGGUGCGGUUUCUUUUGGGGAGGGCCGUUGUACGGGGCCUAAUCCUGGCCGUGGUCUGCAUGGCACGUCCAGGUGUGCUUCGCUGGCGGCCAGACAGAAGCACAGAGCUACGACACAGGCACAAAUAUGCAUCAGAAUAAACGCCAGACCAGCGCAGCAAUAACCCCUCAACAUUCUCUGUGCUUCAGAACCGGAGAGCCAGCUCCUACCAGGAGGAGCUUUACGUGAACGUAACUUUAAAGAAAAGCAACUCUUGCUUAUUAAUAAUGUGCUUUUGCUGAAGAUGAGUUUUGUUUCGGUUUACAGCAGACAGUGGGAGACCUAUUUAUGACUGAAAGGGGAGUGUUCUUCAAAAGAUUUUGUUAAAAAAAAAAACCCUUUGGGAAGAUGAAUGAUUGGUGUAUAUAGUGGCAUUGUUUAAACAUUUCAGUACUACUUGUGGGUGUAAAGGUGUGCACAGGAACGUUAUCUUUCCUAUGCAAUAUCUAAAGGGAAUAUCACUUCUUGAAGCAAAUGUCAGUGUACAGCUGUAUUGCUGUACUUGUUUAUGUCCAAGUGCUUUUUUUGGAUGUUACUGAAGCAUUAGUUUCCCGUUAAACACGUGUGCAAUGUCAAGAACUACAAGUGCUUUUUUUAGUGCGAAGUCCAGAUCAAUGGAUUAAGCUGUGCUUAUGUGUCCCCGGCCUAUUGAAUUACAGUGGGCACGACUGUCCUGUGUCCUUCUCUCUGCAGAAUGGCCCUUGUUGAUUUGCUGGACCGUAGCUGAAUUGUACUGGGGGUUGCAUAUCUGAGAUGGGGCAGGCUUAUUGGGUUAAAGUGCAGGUAUUUUUGCUGCUUGCAGGGUCAAAGUGUAAUUUCAGUUAAUUUUUCCAUGGUUUCUGAGAAAUGAAAGAUUGUGAAAUUCUAUAUCGUAUAAAGAUGGGUUUUUUUUUUUUUUUUUUUCACCUCUUGCAAAUUAACUGCAGCUAUUUUUUAUCCUUCACGUGGUUCACUGUCCUAAAUACAGUGCCACUGGGGAAAGGCGUUCUUCUUCAUUUAUGAAUGUGGAGGAAAUGCUAAACCCUUUUCUAUGCCACUGUGGGCCCGUUUGGGAUCAUUUCAGUAGGAAUAAAAACAUUUCAGUAAUUUUGUUUCUGGAGGGGGGAGGUGGUCAGCGAGCAUGGGCACUUGAACCUGGUCAUGUGGUCUGAAAAACACCCCCCCCCCCCCCAUUUGCUAGCACUCUUGCCAAAACACCUACCAAUGGCCCAAAUUACACCCCCCAGUCCAAUUCCACGCUAGCGUUCAGGAACUGUGUUAAGGAUUCAAAAAUUCACGAUUGUUGAAUUGUGUUCUGAAGGCGGUUUCAGAAUCCUUGCUUGCAGGAUACGUGUACGGUCAGCCUUACGCCUUCAGUGUAUCAUGGGGCAGACUACAGAGAGAGGAAGAACACGUUUUCGAUCCCAGUUGUGGAGCACGGACAUAUAUAGCGUAGACAGGGCCGUGGGAGGGUUUUCAGAAAUCUUUUUGUUUGUUCAGGUGAGUCCCACUGAGAUUUUUUAAAAAAAAUGUAUUUUUCAAGGGACCCCUGGGCAAGACAUGAGAGUAGUGCUGGGGACUGGUAGUGCUGGGGACUGGUAGGACUGGGAGCAGUAGAUUUGUUUCAGUAGAAUACCACAGAAUUCUAGACUGUUAGGUGUCCAGCGUUCUCCCGCUCGCGGCACUUCUGAACCGUCCUGGGGCGGCUUUCUCUCGGGUUGGGGUGAGCAUAUUUGGUGGGUGACCUCUCGACGCCCCUCAUAUUUGUACGUGAGCUUGGGGCGCUGGGCCACCACACAUUCAGCUGAAGACAAUCAGGACCGUGUGCGUCUUACACAACGCUGAGCACUCUGUACAGGGUGUUUGGCUGCGCAGACAGACUUUAAAUACGGGAUAGCCCUUUUGGGUUAUCCCAUGUAUACAAUAAAAAUAUACAUAUAUGAACGGUCCUCUUCUGGGCACUUUUUGUCGCGUCUCUGUAUUCAGUGUAAAUUUUGUAAAAUACAAAUGUGUUGAUGUUUAUGUUGAAAUACCUGGGUAGGAGAUAUCCAGUCAGCUGUCCUAUGCACGCGUGAGUGGGUACUGUAUGGGUAUAGCAGGUGGGCGAAGGGGGGGAAACGGCGUUCGAGUGCGGAGCGAUAUUUCUGUGUUUCCUGCGCUGCGUUCCCGAUUCCUCGUCGCAGGAAGUGGUGGCGCUCUUGAGUUUCGGCCGAAGGCACGGACUGAAAGCUAAACGCGUUUCUUUCUUUCUUCGUUUCGGCGUUACGGAGAGUUGACGUGACUGAUGUCACAGGAGUUUUCCGGGACGGCGAGGAACGGAGUCGGACGCUUUCCCGGUCUCCGGUUUCGCUGCGGACGGGUGUUUUUCCUUCCGGAAGCGCGUUUGGAUUUUCCUCUCUAGGGCAUCUUUUAAUCCUAUGAUCCUAUAGUAUGUAGGCGACCCAGAAUUUGGGCGUAGUCUGGCAUUUUUCAUGGGAAAUUGCACGUUUCGUGUUUUUUAAUCGGCGGUGCAAACCAUUUUUUAAGGUGAGCAAGACAGAUAAAUUACUGUAGUUUUCUUGGAAGUCCUUUAUUACGAGUCACGAUCAGUACUUCUGUCAGAAAAAAAAAAGAAAAAGUGACUUGUGUGUACUAGUUCAAUACAAAGUAGCAGUUAGUCUUAGUGUCUUUCUGUUGGUGAACAAUCAACGAUUUUCAAGCGUCAUGUAAAAGGAGAAACCUCUAUUAAAAGGGACCUUUCUGCCUGUGAGAAGCUUGGUGUGCAGUCCUUGGGGCAGUGCCCGCGUUGCCUCUCCCGGAGCUGAGUGUGGCCCUCGAUCGGCGAGCGGCGGUUCGGGAGCGAAAUGGCGUAGAGGAGAGCUCCUUUGUGUGGGGGGGACUGAUGCUAGGGCUGGUGGCUCCCAGCUGUGCUCCACUGGGAACGAGUGCCAAUUAGAUUAUCCGUUACUAAGAACGUAUUUUUUUAAAAACAAGAUGCUAAAUGUGAUGCUAAAAAAAAAAGUUCCAUCACACACGGAUGCUUUAGUAUUGUGUGGGAGGAGAACGUUUUAAAGCAACGGUGAUAUUAUUCUGGAGUUUGUAUUAUAUUUGUGUGUCCCUUACCUGAGGUUUCAGAUUCGACAGAAGCCGCUCGAUCACGCUGGCUAGCACGCUGGGUAGCAACGCGCGCCCUGUGCUAAAGCUAGCUAGUUCGGCUCUCAGUCGAGAGGACUCCAUUUUGAAAUACGUGGGGCUCCAGGUCUGUAAAGGCUUCUGGUUUCGGGGCUAUGCUGAGCUAAAAUUCUGGGGCCAACAGAAGAUGGUGUGUACAGAUUGUGGGAGUGACCUGUUGAGAGAUAUUUUUUAAAGGAGACGGCUGUUUUUGUAUUGUAAUGUUUUGUUUUGUUUUGUUUUUUCCUCUUCAUUUUGCCAAAGGGAAAAGAUGCUGCUGCUGCAACAGCACCUCUGUUGGAACCAAUUAAUGCAAAACCUACCUUUCAACAGGAGAACAUCUGCUUUUAUUUUUUCAGCCUUUUUUAAUGAAGCUUGUAACGUUGUGAGAAGCAUGCAGUACUUGUUACUCCUCGUAAAGCAGUUUAAAAUGGCGGUACUAAGGCUUCCCUCUUCAGCGUGUGCUUUCAUAGGUAGCUGACGGUGCUUUGCAUUUUAUAUCCUCUGAAGAUAAUGUGCCACCGCCAUCGUCCUCAUCGUCGAAAACCAUCCCUGCUCCGCACUGGCUGCAUAGCUGCAACUCUGUUGGUCUGUAGACCCUGCUGUUCACUGCACUGUGGAUUCUCUUCACUGUGAAAACCCAUUUUGUUAUUUUCAGUUUUUUUUUUUUUUACAGGAUAGAACUUGUUUGUCUUGUAAUUAGGUGAAGUUUGUGUUUCUUGAAAUGAGUUGCCUGGCUCAUGAAAUCCAUAAUUGGAAAUAUGAUCACGUAACCACUCUGAUAUAAAUAAUGUGGUUUAUUGUUUAGAGAGAGAGAGAGAGAGCAAGCAAGAGUUUUGAGUGUGAUAGUUCAAUGGGAGUUUUUUAAAUUAAUUUAUUUUUUUAAGUGAAAUCACUGCUUUACUGUUGAAAGUCUGUUUUUCCAUCAGUGCACAGGGUCUCUUAACAGCGUGGUCAGUGGAGAGGGUGUUCAGUCAUAUGCCAAAAUCGGACCUUUAAAACCUAGGCAGUGCAGUGAGGUUGUUGUUUCACGUAGGGACACAAGAACAGUCUUCGGCUGUCAUUCAUGAUUUUAUCAAGCAAUGUAGCUAAAAUGCCAGAUGGCGAAAAUGCUGGGGCUGAUCAAGAAAUUAAGACCAGGAGUCGGUACGAACACCAGACAGACAGACGGCCCUCCGUGCCCACCUCUGCAGUCGAGACUCGCAGUGUCCUGCAGGGCAUUUCCAGUGAUGGCCAGCAGGGGGCAUUUGAAUGCAAGUUCUCCUGGGUUUCGUUGGAGGUUUGAUCAGAUCAAGGUGUAGUUCAGACCUUCUGGUCAUUUUAGCUGUGGAGGCAAAAAAAUAAAUAAAUAAAAAAGGGUUCAUCAGUUUUUCACAGUGGAAAGUGCAAUGUCAUCUUUAUGCAGAGAAAAGUACUCUUUUUAGAUAAAGGGAUUAAAGAAAUAUUUACACAAUUAUAUUUUUUGUUAUCUAGCUGGGCUAGAGCAUAGAUUUAUAGAUUUAUUAACUUAUUGAUACUGAAACUUGGUCAUUUGUGGCUGUCUACUCAAAGACAAGCCAAAUUUAUUUCACUUUUUUUGUUGUCUGCUGUAUAUAUUGUAUAUGUUAAGCCAUAAGAUUGAAUCAUAUAAAUACAAAAAUUGAAUUGCUCUCUAUUGGUUGUGCUAGAUAUUUAAAUAAUAGUUUUCACAGAAUAACAGUUUUAUUGAUAAAAGAGAGAUACAGUAACAAGGAACUCUGAGUAUUUUAAAGAGAAUAAUAAUGAAAUUAAAAAUUCUGUUUUAUGUGGUACUAUAUGGUAUGAAACUCCGGUACAUUGUGUGUCGGUCAAUGGUUUAAAGGGGAAAUGAGUAUUGGACUGAGGAGAAGAGUGUGUGUGUUAGUUAUUUGGUCCUGUUGGAGUAAUGUUUGUAUUGUUUUCCAUGGUUGAGACUUGAACAUUUGUGGUUCAGUAUGUGUCUAAACAAGAUCUUCAAGAAAAAGAUAAGGGCUUCAAAGUUUUGAAAUCUUUAUAAAUCUAAAUAAAUGAUAAUAAUAAUGCUGGUACUGUUUAAUGUCAUAUGUUUAAUAAAAUUCUAUAUGUUCACACA